GUCAGGGGCGUCACGUGACCGCGCCAGGGAGAGGGAGGCGGAGUCGUACGGCUGGGACGCCAGGCAGUCGCCUAGCAACAGCGGGACGCGAACCGAUGGAGACCAGCAACAGGGAGCUCCAAGCCGCGGAGUAUUUGGAAAGGCAUCAGAUCAAGGAGCUUUUGAGCUACCUCACCAGUGCCCUCCUAUUCUUUCGGCCGGAAAAACCAAGAGAAUAUUUAGUAUCUCUAUUGGAACGACUGAGAAUUGCAAAAGUAACAGGCGUAGCAUUUCCUUUCUUUAUGGAUAACUCUAACAUUGUGGCCAUGUUUGAGAUGAUGGACUCCUCAGGCAGAGGCACUAUAUCAUUUGUGCAGUAUAAAGAAGCCCUAAAAACUCUGGGUCUAUGCACUGAAGAUGAAGAUUUAAAAGAUGAUGGACAUAUAAUAACUUUGGAUAAAUUCAAGGAGGAAGUGUAAGUUUAUUUUUAAGUGACAAAUAUUUUAAUAAGGUGGCAUGAUUUUGAAACACAACACCUUUUAAAAUAGGUUCCUAUCUUUUGAAAGAAAUAUUUUGUUCCCUUGAAACUUUCAGCUGACUGGGAAGUGAGGACAGGGAAGGCUGACAGUAAAGUCUCUAAGCUCGGGAACAGGAGGGGAAACUGCUGGGGUUAGAGAGGAAGCUCUGGAGGCAGCUUCAUUCUUUUUUUUCUGAGAUAAGAGUC